AUGUCGAUCAAAUGCCAGAUCUGUAACGAACAAGACUCGAAAUACAAGUGUCCGAAAUGUGGGAUCCGCUACUGCUCUUUGAUAUGCUUCAAAGACGCUGAAAAGCAUGUUCACGAUGAGCAGACAGCCGAGCAAAAGGUGGAAAGCAAGCCAUCUAGCGAGAAAGUGGAACAGCCAAAGUUGAAGACUGCUGAAUUAGACGCGAUCCACCGGGAAACCCCGGAAAUUCAGGAGCUGCUCACUUACAACACUGUUAAAUUCCAUCUGGCAAAAGUAUACCGGAUCCUGGGAGCGAAAAAUGAGACGGCGGGAUCCACGGGCAUGGAUCUGUCGUCUGAGGCCAAACAGCAGCUUGCCGUUGACUAUUUGAAUGCCUUGAGAUAUGGAGGAGUGCAUUUCAACGAGGCAAUCGAGGAGUUUUGUCAAAUAAGUGCGAAAAAACUCGAUUCAGGAAGCUAG